UCUGCCUGGUAGUAACAUUCGCCCCUGUCAACGUAACAACUGAAGUAAAAUCUGUUGAGAUGCAUCAUGAAGCUUUGAGUGAAGCUCUGCCUGGUGACAACGUUGGCUUCAAUGUCAAGAACGUGUCUGUGAAAGACGUUCGCCGUGGUAAUGUUGCUGGUGACAGUAAGAAUGACCCCCCAAUGGAAGCUGCUGGCUUCACUGCCCAGGUCAUCAUCCUGAACCACCCAGGCCAAAUUAGUGCUGGUUAUGCCCCUGUGUUGGAUUGCCACACUGCUCACAUUGCUUGCAAGUUUGCUGAACUGAAAGAGAAGAUUGAUCGUCGUUCUGGUAAGAAAUUGGAAGAUGGUCCUAAAUUCCUGAAAUCUGGAGAUGCUGCCAUCGUUGACAUGGUCCCAGGCAAACCCAUGUGUGUCGAGAGCUUCUCGGACUACCCUCCUCUGGGUCGUUUUGCUGUGCGUGACAUGAGACAGACUGUUGCUGUUGGUGUCAUCAAGGCAGUUGAUAAGAAAGCUGCUGGAGCUGGCAAGGUCACAAAGUCCGCCCAGAAGGCUCAGAAGGCUAAAUGAAAAUUCUGUACAUCAGCUGCCACCUCAGUCUUAAUCGGUGGAACGGUCUCAGAACUGUUUGUCUCAAUUGGCCAUUUAAGUUUAAUAGUAAAAGACUGGUUAAUGAUUACAAUGCAUCGUAAAAGCUUCAGAAGGAAAGGAAUGUUUGUGGACCAUUUGUUUCGUGGCAGUUUAAGUUAUUAGUUUUUAAACCAGUAAAUUUUUUAAUGGAAACAACUUGACCAAAAAUCUGUCACAGAAUUUGAGACCAUUAAAAACAAAGUUUUAAUGCU